AGUGACAUAGAUAAAAAUUAUUUACUAUGACGGUCCUAAUCUGUCUACAAAAACAGUGAAGUUUCAUUAAAUUGUAUUCAAUUCAUCAAAUUUAAUUGAAAUACGCAUAUUAUUUUUGUGCUUAAGCAUUUCAGUUGUAGGUACGGUUUUGAAAUAUUUAUUUAUGCAUUGUCUAAGUUGCGCAACCGCAACAUGGCGAUUAUGGCUCAGCUGCUCGGAUUGUUGCAGUGAAAUUUUUCAAUGAUAGGGUUCUGCGACGACGUUACGCUCUAAUAAACUUUAAGUUGUUAUUCGUUUUUAGAGUACAGUUAGUUGUAAUCCGUCGGUUAUCACCGCGCAUUGUGAUGAGACAGUUUGUGAUUGUGUGUGGCUAAGGCGCGGGACUCGUUGAGACUACAGUGCUGUUACUUUUUGUUGAGAAGUAAGUCGGAGAGAAUCCGUCAAGCUGGAGCGACUACCGGAGUACCUGCGUGACACCGUCGACUGGUUCAUGGGGUGAGUCGCAUGCUCGCUCGCUCUCCACUGUACGUGAGUGCGGCCCCGCGGGCGCCACGUGCAUGACUCUAUCAUGCUGGACUGCCUCUGGAAGGCGCGGCGCAAGGAGCGCGAGGGCGAGCCGGCGGGCGACCCCAAGCUGUACCUGCAGGAGGCGCUGCUGGAGCGCAAGCUGCCCGAGCUCGACAUGCGCCAGCUCGUGGACCUGCCGCGCGGCCUCGACUACAACGAGUGGCUCGCCUCGCACACGCUGGCGCUGUUCGACCACGUGAACCUGCUGUACGGAACCGUGUCGGAGUUCUGCACGGCCGCGUCGUGCCCCGACAUGACGGGCCCGGGCGGCCGCACCUACGCCUGGUACGACGACCGGGGCAAGAAGUCCCGCGUCGCCGCGCCUCAGUACGUCGACUACGUCAUGACAUUCACGCAGAAGACCGUCAACGACGAGACUGUUUUCCCUACUAAAUAUGCGAACGAGUUCCCGGCGCAGUUCGAGGGCGUGGUGCGGCGGGUGCUGCGGCUGCUGUUCCACGUGGUGGCGCACAUGUACGCGGCGCACUUCCGCCAGCUGGCGCUGCUGCGCCUGCACGCGCACCUGCACCUCACCUUCGCGCACCUCACCGCGCUCGACGCGCGCUUCGCGCUGCUCGACCACAAGGAGACCGAGGUGCUGCGCGACCUGGAGGUGGCGCUGCGGCUGUCGGAGCCGGCGCCGGGCGAGGCGGACGAGUCGCCGCGCCGCCGCGACCCCGUCGUCACGCAGCCGCUCGCCACCGCGUGAGCCCGCGCCGCCCCGCCCCGCGUCCGCCCGCCCCGCGUCCGCCACCCAGCGCCGAGAGGCCCUGAGCGCAAUCGUUUCGCGAGUUGAACAUUGUUAAUUCUAUUGUAAAUAUUUCGAUCUGUUAAGUAGUUUUAGGUGAUUACGAUUAGUUUUACUUAUAAUUUGUGAUCGCUUUGGUUGUAAAUAAAAGUGAUAUUUGUUUAACUAAUAAAUUGAAAGCUUUA